AUGACUAUCGAGGACGAAAAGGCUGUGCGAGGCGACAUGUCGCGGUCGUCGCCCUCGUCAUCCAAUGCAUCCAAGACUGAUCUCGAGAUCACCGAGGCCAUCGCUGCACCUGUCUCCGAACACGCCGGCAUGGCAACUAUGCUCCGCAUGGGUACCAACACCGGCGGUGUGGUCACCUCGGAAGAAUACAUGACCGAGGACGAAAAGGCCGCCAAGGCGCUGAAGGACUUUGGGUACCAUGGCUUUCAAUGGUCCUCCCUCUGGCGGCCUGCCGAGAUCAACCCGCUCAACGGCAAGUCGUACACCUUCCCGAUCUUCCGCAUUCUCGACGUGUACUCGACAUCGUUCUGGUUGGCAACGCUCGGAUUCUUUGUUGCCUUCCUCAGCUGGUUCGCGUUCAGUCCGCUCGUGCCCGAGGCAGUCAAGGCCGAUCUGAAGCUCACCUCGGUCCAGGUGACGCACUCAAACAUGGCCUCGCUUGGAGGCACGGCGAUCGUGCGCAUCAUCGCAGGCCCAGCGUGUGACAGAUUCGGUCCACGAAAGGUCAUGGCUGCUCUGCUUGUUCUCGGCGCCAUUCCGUCUGGCCUGGCGGCAGUGGUCAAGACCAGCGAGGGGCUGUAUGCGGUCCGUUUCUUCAUCAGCAUUCUCGGAGCCACGUUCGUCACGUGUCAGGCUUGGGUCUCGACGUUCUUCGACAAGUCGAUCGUGGGGACUGCGAAUGCAUUCUCGGGAGGAUGGGGCAACAUGGGCGGUGGUGUGACAACGGCUGCGAUGAUCGGCCUGUUCGAGCGCUAUCGUAAGGCAGGACUUUCGUCGCACCUCGCAUGGCGUGUCUGCUUCCCCACUCUUCCUGUUCCUUGCCUCUUGCUCGUAGCAGCGGCGAUUCUCAUGUUCGGAAAGGACCACCCUGCGGGCAAGUGGAGUCAGCGACACAUGUUCAGCGGUACUGCUGUGGCCAUUGCACAAGGCGAACACGUCGAGCUUGACGCCUCGGAGCGGGCCGAGUAUGCCCGUACAACUGCGGACAACGAAAAGGCUCCUGCCAAAGGCGCAAACUUUCGCGAGGCUGACCCUGCGGAUGCAGGCAAGCGUGUUGCGACGGUCGACACUGCGCAAUCGGAGCCUCUGACGCUGGCACGACUUGCGGUGAUCCUUGCAGACCCACGUGUGUGGAUGUGCAUCAUGUGCUAUCUCCUCACCUUUGGCCUCGAGACUGCCAUGGACGCGGCCCUUCCCGGUCUCAUCACCACCCUCUUCCAGUCCAAGACUUUCACCGCCAUCGACGCCGCGUACGCCGCGUCCAUGUACGGACUGCUCAACCUCUACGCCCGACCCCUCGGCGGCGUCGUCUCUGACAUCCUCUUCUCCAAGUACGGCCUGCGCGGCCGAGUCAUCUGGCUCCUCGUCACCGCUUUCUCCCAAGGCGUAGCCAUGAUCGGCAUGGGAGUCUACUGCAAUCGCGACCCCACACUUGGCGGCGUGCUGGCAUUCAUUUUCCUCAUUGGUACUACUGGCUUCUUGGCUAACGGUGCCAACUACGGUAUCCCUGCCAUCAUCUGUCCCUCGGCCAUCGGCACCGUCUCGGGUCUAGUUGGCGCCGGAGGCAACUUGGGCGGUCUGCUGUACUUGGGCAUCUUCCUCGCGGUGCCCGGUGUGAGGGCCAAGAAGACGCUCGGAACAAAGUUUUGGAUCGCAGGCGUCGUCAACGCCGGCGCAGUCCUUCCCUUCUUCCUCGUGCUAUUGCCGGGAAAGUAUGGAAUGUAG